AUGGCAACAAUUGAGAUUGAAUUGAAGCUGAGGCUCGAAGAAUUACAAAAACAGCUUGCGAAGAAACAAUUGUUUGAGGGAUCGAUUUCCACCAUUAGAUCUCUCCUUCAACAACACUAUUCCUCUGCUUCACCUUCUCUUCAACAAUUGUUCUAUUCAGUUAUAUGUCGAGUUGCAACUAUUUUAAAGGCGAGGUACACUUCUCCGGGAUUCUGGAAUGCUGGGCUAACACUUUUCCAGGAGGCUGAGCGGUUGGUCUCUAAUGCUUCUGAGCGAAAACACUUACAAAGUUGCAUGACUCAAGCCCAGGAGCAGUUGGCUGAAGUACAAAAUCUUUCGGAAGAUGUGAGGCCCUCACAAAAUCGGAGAGGAUACCUAUUUGAAGGGCAUCUUACUUUAGAUCCUGAGCCUCCGCAGCCUGAUUGGUUAGUGCAAGAAAACUUGCUAACAGCUACCGCUACCUUAUUACAUGGAGAAUCUUCUGGAGGUGAAGCUGGUAGUGGCAACACUUUAGAAGGUGCUGCCGCCCUAAUUGAGGAGAUGGUCAAUAGACUUAAUGAUAUUGUGCCAGAGAUUCUUGAUACUGAUGCUGGACUCCCUCGAGUACCACCUGCGAGUAAAGAAGUGGUGGCUAAGCUUCCAGUUACUACUGUUACAGACGAAGUGUUGGUGAAGCUGGGGGAAGAUGCCGUUUGUUCCAUUUGCCAGGAGAAUUUGGUUGUAAACGAUAAGAUGCAAGAGUUACCUUGCAAGCACGUGUUUCAUCCUCCUUGCCUUAAGCCAUGGCUGGAUGUACACAAUUCUUGUCCAAUUUGUCGGCACGAACUGCAAACUGAUGAUCAUGCCUAUGAAAGUUGGAAGGAGAGGGAGAAAGAGGCUGAGGAAGAGAGAAAAGGGGCAGCAAAUGCCGUUCGUGGUGGUGAAUACAUGUAUGUGUAA